UGGCAACGGCAUCAUGGCCUCCUGGAUCCGCUACAGGAGAGAGAUGAGAGAAGCGAAAAUGUUGGCGCUGGCGCUGCUGAUGCUGUCAUUGUCGUUGAUGGAGGCUGUGAAAGUGUCUCCUCUCAUAGAAAAAGUCAGCGACCACAAGGACUUCAAGAAGCUGCUCAGGACAAGAACCAAUGUUCUGGUGCUCUACACAAAGACAGCUACAUCGAGCGACACUUAUCUAAAACUGCUGUCUGAUGUUGCCCAAAGAGUGAAGGGACAAGGGACCAUCGCCUGGGUCAACUGUGGGGAUUCAGAGGGCCGCAAGCUCUGUAAGAAAGUGAAGGUGGACCCCAGCUCCAAGCACGAGGGAGCAGAGCUGCUGCAUUACAAAGAUGGGACAUUCCACACAGAGUACAACAGACCUGCUACAGUUAAGUCUAUGGUAGCGUUCCUGAAGGACCCAUCAGGGCCGCCUCUGUGGGAAGAAAACCCCGAAGCAAAAGAUGUCGUCCACAUCGAAACAGAGAAAGACUUCAGGAAGCUACUGAAGAAGGAGGAGAGGCCUGUUCUCAUGAUGUUCUAUGCUCCCUGGUGUGGAGUUUGCAAGAGAAUGCAGCCUGUUUUUCAGCAAGCAGCCACAGAAACAAAAGGCAAAUAUGUACUGGCGGGGAUGAAUGUGCACCCAGCUGAGUUUGACGGCCUUAAGCAGGAGUACAACGUCAAAGGCUAUCCGACCUUCUGCUACUUUGAGAAAGGAAAAUUCCUUCAUCACUAUGAAAACUAUGGAGCUACACCCAAGGACAUAGCAGACUGGCUGAAGAACCCACAGCCCCCCCAGCCAAAGACUCCAGAGGUGCAGUGGUCGGAGACGGACUCGCCAGUCUUCCACCUGACCGAUGAGUCCUUUGACAGCUUCCUGGAGGAACAUCCUGCAGCCCUGAUCAUGUUCUACGCCCCCUGUGAGUAAUAAAGCAUGUGGGGA